CGGUGCCGUUCGGUACUUGGGCAUGCGCAGUCUCCUUGAAGCUGAACGGGUGGAGGAUCAGGAUAUUGGAAAGGGAGCAUUUCUGGACCAGGAACAUAAAUCAAACAUGACAUUGAGAUUUACCAGUCAUUCGACUCAUCAGUACCUGAAAGUCAUCAGCCUUUCAAUGAAGGAGGGAGAGUUGUUUGUCUGUUCUGUUACUGGGAAAAGAUGUCAGGCAUCUGUGUGACUCAAAGCACUGAGAAACCUGCACCUGAGUGAGGAUAUUACAGUGCACGGGCUGUGGAAAGAGCAGUAACAAGUUACCCGCUGUGCAAUAAAUCAUUGCAACAUUCACAUCCAGAAGAGAUGUGUGUUUCGCGUGUUUGAGAGCCACAGGACACUAAGUAAAGGAGCAGAAUUAGGCCAUUCAGCCCAUCAAGUCUUCUUCACUGAUUGUGCCUGUUAUGUUUUUUAACCCCAUUCUCCUGCUUUGAUCCCCUUGCCAAUCAAGAACCUAUCUAUCUUUGUUUUAAGUGCACCUUAAUGACUUGACCCCUACAACCCUCUGCAGCAAUGGCUUCCAAACUGUGACCAGUCACUGGCUGAAAAAAUACCUUGUCAUCUCCUUUCAGAGGGUAGUCCCUUGACUCUGAAACUGUGCCCUCGGUUCCUCAUUCCUCCUACUAGUGGGGACAUCUUCUCUACUUCCGCUGCAUCCAGGAAUCCUGCUAUUCUGUUAAUUUCAAUCUGGUCAUUCAUCUUCACUCUAGACUUCAUAAGCAAGGUUUUGACUGCUCAUCAAACCUGGGGAGGCACAAGGACACGCACCCCAUGACGAAGCCGUGGAUUUGUGGAGACUGUGGGAAAGCAUACAGUUACCCGUGUCAACUGGAAACUCAUCGGCGCAGUCAUACCGGGGAGAGGCCUUUCACUUGCUCAGUGUGUGGGAAGGGAUUCACCCAGUCUUGCACCCUUCAGAGACACCAACGAAUUCACACAGGCGAGAGGCCAUUCCUCUGCCUGUACUGUGGAAAGCGAUUUAAUGCUUCAUCAAAUCUCCUGACUCACCAACGAGUUCACUCUGAUCACAGACCAUUUAAAUGUCCUGACUGUGAGAAGAGCUUUAAGAGCAAGAAGGACCUGUUGAGACACCAGCGUACACACACGGGAGAGCGGCCAUUCACCUGCUCUGUGUGUGAGAAGGGAUUUGUUCUGACAACACACCUCCUUCGACAUCAGCGUUUUCACACUGGGGAGAGGCCGUUCACCUGCUCGGAGUGUGGGCAGAGAUUCACCAUUCCAUCUGACCUGCUGACACACCAGCGCAUACAUACUGGCGAAAGACCAUUUGUCUGCUCUAUUUGUGGGAAAGCAUUCACUCAUUUAUCCAGCUUAAACACACACCAACUAGUUCACAGUGACCAGAAACCCUUUCAAUGCCCUGACUGUGAGAAGAAAUUCAAAAGUAAAUGGAAUCUUCUGUCCCACCAACGCAGUCACACCGGAGAGAGACCAUUCACCUGCGCUGUGUGUGGCAAGGGCUUUGCUCAGUCAAACAAACUGCUGAGACACCAACGUACUCACAGUCAGCAGCAGGGGUUCGAUUCUCCUGCGGUUAAUCUGAUCCAGAAUUGAAUUUGGUUCAUUCUGAUAGUUGGAAAAUGUUCUUGUGUUUGUGCUGAAUUUAGUAGCUGGCCUAGAUUGUAACAUUCUGGAUAAAUAUGAAGUGAAACAGUUUCAUUCGAAGUACACUGCAACGAUUUGUCUUUCCCUCCCGGAUAGAUCUCAGAUAGGAUAAUAGCAUGAAGGGAAAACCCAGCAGAAGAUCUGAAGUGAAAAGUCAAUGUUUCUGGAGGAAUUCAGGUCUGGCGAAGAUAUUAGUUAACUUUGUUUGCAUUUCAAGUCUUUUUCGGACAAGACAACUUGAGUGAAAGCAUGUGUAGGUGGAAAAGAAUUUUUGCCUGGCUACAGUCCUUCAAGGCUACACAAAGAGGUACAAAUGACAUUUUAGUCUUCUCAUCUCAGUUCAUUAAAAAGAAAAGGCUGUGUGUUGAUUAAACCUGGGAUGUGUGAGAAAUAUAGCCCAGCUUCUCUGUGCUGUUGUUCAGAGUUCAUAGACACAGAUCGGAAGGUUACUUUACAACUGUGUUUAGAGCUGGGUAGAACAAUGGCAAAUACUGAAAGUGCAGUGAAAUCAGAGACUCAUGUCAAACUGUGAUCUGUUGCUGACUGGAGGUUUAACGGUUAACUUUUGAGUCUUAAAAUGAUUUGUGAAGACCCAACAUAUUUUUGUGACACUCCUUAGUCUAUCAGUUGAAGAUAUUUCGACAUUACAGCUGCUAC